AUGCAAAAUAGAAUAACUAAUGGCAAUCAAAACUAUAAAAUAUUUGCCAGAGUAAGGCCAAUUGAUUAUUAAUAGAAGAUGGUUGACUUUACUAAUGAAAGUGUAUCAAUAAGAGUAUUAGAAUAAUAAUUUAUUUAAGGAUCCAACUAAUAAAAAUGCAGAAAGCAAGAUUGUUUCUUUUUCUUCAGUUUGCUCUACAUAAGAACAUGCCUUUAAAGUAACUGAACCUAUGUUAUAAAAAUUAAUUGAAGGUCACAAUUCUUGUGUUUUGAGUUAUGGAUAAACUGGAAGUGGGAAGAGUUAUACAUUAUUUGGUUAAGAAGGUGAAGAAAACAAGCCAGAUAAAAAGGGUAUUAUAACUAGAGCUGUCGAAUAUCUUCUAUCUAAAUCAUAAGAAUUUGAAGAGAUUCGAGAAUUUGUAAUAACUGCUAGUAUGGCUGAAUUAUUUUUGGAUUAAGUGAGAGAUUUGGGUAAGGCAUAUCAAUCCCGUUAAUAGGUUAAUACGAAUCAAAUACUUUAGAAUUACGAAAAUGAAAAUCUCACUAUAUAUGAAAAUUCAAAUGGAUAGAUAAUGAUUAAAGAUCUUACUUAAAUAUCUAUAAGUUCAGCUUAAGAAUUGACAGAUAUGAUAUAAAUUGGAUUUUAAUUAAGAGAGAAAUUAGAACAGUAAAGUAAAUAAUUUGGAUCAAAGUGUCAUACUAUUAUCACUUUGAAUUUAGUUUAAAAAGAUAAGGAAAAUGGGAACUAAUAAUUUAUGAAUGCAUUCAUAUAGUUUGUAGAUUUGGCAGGAUCUGAAAGAAUAGCAAAAAGUUUAACAUAAGAAGGAUAAUUCUAGGAGGCUAUUUUAAUUAAUUAGAGUUUAACUGCCUUAUCUAAAUGUUUGACUGCAAUAUCUUAAAUGAAUUCUAAAAAUAUUCCAUAUAGAGACUCAAAGUUAACAAGAAUUUUAUAAAAUUGUCUAAAUAGUUAAAGUUAAGUGGCUUUAAUAGUACAUAUUAAUCCAAAUGAAAAUAAUUUUGAAGAAUGCCUAUCAGCUUUAUAAUAUGCAGAAAGGACAAAAGGAGUAGCAGCAGCUCAACCUAUUGAUGAUAAUCCUAAUUAACCAGGUCCUUUUCCUGGUUAAGAUAAAUUGAUUAAGAAAUUGUAAGAUGAAAAUACUGAAUUGAAAUCAAAGAUAGAUUUUAUAUAAAAAGAACAUAGAACAAAAUUAUCAGAAAUCUAAAAUUUAUUAGGAAUAGAUGUAGAUUUAGAAAAACUCUUUAUUCAUGGAGGUGCUCAAGAAUUAUAGAAAUACAAAAUUUAGAAGGAUGCUAUGUAGAAAGUAGAGACUCUUUAGAAUUAUUUAAAAGAAGCAGAUUAAAUGAUUGAUAAAAUGUAGAAAGAGAAGGAAUGGAUGAAAAAGGAAGAGAAUAACAAAUUAGAAAGAUUGUAAUGCAGGAAUAUUUAAUUAACUGAAGAAAUAAAAAAAUUGAGAGAAUAGUAGGCAGAAUACAAAUAAUAAUUAGAAUAAAUAGAAUAAGAAAAAAAUGAUAAAGUAUUAGAAACAGUGAAAAAAAAAUUAAAAGAACAUUAAGAAGUGAUUGAAAAGAAAGUUAAUGUUAUUAUAAAUUUACCUUAAGCUAUUUAAGCAAAAACUUAAGAAGUUCAUAAACAUGAAGAUAUUAAAAGAAUGGCAAAAUUUGAAUUAGAAAAAGAGUAAGAAUUAUUAUUAUAAAUUAGGUAUAAAUAAUAAAUGGACAAUUUAAAAACAGAGUAUUCAAAGUUUUUAUAAGAUAGUACAGAUUAAUAUGAAAAAUAUUUAAAAAAGAAAAAUGAAGAAAUAGAUCACUUUAUUCAUUAAUUCAAAAAAUAUUAAGAAAAAAAGAAGUAAUUCAUUUUUUUAUAAAUGUUAUAGAAUGUAAAUUAGAGAUAUGAAAUCAGAGUUAUUUGAAUUAUAUGAUAUAGUCAUGAAGGCCUUUAGAGUUAUAGAGAAAAUAGAAAAUGGAGCAUAUAGUUCAGGAAUAAGAUCAUUUAAUAUUCCAGCAAUGGAUAAACCUCAUAUUCCUACCAGAAACAAAUUUAAAAAGUAUAUUUUUAUCUUAAUUCUUAAGUCUCUUUAAAUAUCUAGAUUCAAAAAGUUUAAAGAAUACUAAAGAAUAUGAAAUCAAAGAAAAAAUUAAUUUAAAGCCUUUACAGAUAUCAUAGUUUUUGGAACAUAACAAUAUCAAAAUGAAUCUCUUAGACAUGCAAGAACCUACUUUAAGGUAGUUCGCAAGCAUGAUAAGAGAUGAAUUAAUCUAAGUUUUAGCUAGGGAAAAAGAAUUAUAGAAAAGAGUAAUUUAAUUAGAGAUUCUGCAAUCAAAUAAUGAUCUCAACACUUUGAUCAAAGAAAGAGAUGAAUAUAAAUAACUUUAUUUGCAAGAAGUCAAAAAAUUAAAUUAAUCAAAAAGAAUAAUCUCUGGUAAAUCUGGAUCUCAUCCAAAUGUUUUGAUAAGACCUUUAACUUAGUAGAAUUCACGAUAUAAACUAUGA